AUGUUUAUAGAAGAUAUCUUUCUUAUUAUUUCAAAAAAAUAUACAUUGGAAAUAGUUUUCUCUAGAAGGAGCAAGCUUCCUUCUUUGUAAAAAUCCUGUUUUUUAAUGUUUAAAUGUAGUUUUUAACUUACUCUUUUGUUCAUUUUGAUGAAAAUGAUCACUCUUACAAUAGUAUAAUUUAUAAAUACUUAAAUCCUUUAAAAAGUGAAGAAGGAGGUGCUAUUUCCAUUGAUUGUUUUUUAUAAGGUUACAAUUUUAAUCAUUAGAGUCUUGCACUAGAAAAGAUCUUAAUAUGCUUUUUAGGUCCGAUUGCCUUAAAUGCUGCAUUACUUUUUAUUUUAGUUCUUAUCAGUUGCAAAACGAAUAAAAAUAAGUUUUUUAUUCUUAUAUAAAGCAUGA